UCAGCCCAACAAGCCAGGUGUUUUUGGCAGCAGACAAGACUGGCCAUUACAUAGGAAACAGACUAGUAAGUGUAGUACUGCCUCAGCUUCACUCUGUUUAACUGGACACACAGAAGAAGAACACAUCAGGUCACAAGUGGAUUCACAAAACCCUAUCAGAACAAGACUUAGAAAAUUACCUAGUAAAUCCUUAGACACCAGUGCAUCCUAUACCAAACUCAUGAAAGGAGCAGACAUGACUUGCAAACUGCUUGGUCAAAAUCCUUCAGAUGAUUGUAUUGAAGAUGUUGCAAAAAACACAAAACAUAAAGUGGAUCCAAAGAGACAACGGUCUGCACCUCCUUCACAUGGAGAAGCAGAGUUGACUCCACAAGACCUCUGCUCCUCAGCUGACCCCUCUAGAGAAAAAGUCCACAGGAAGCGACUAGCUAACUGUGGCACAGGAACAAGAGACAGACGAAAGAGACAAAAAGAAGCACUUAGCACAGAGACAAGACAAGAAACAACAGAGCAAAGAAACAUAGCACUGAAAAAUGUGGGUACAAGGGGUGUGAAACCAAAAGAGGUCAUCGGAGAAGAUACAACAAAAGAUAUCUCAGCAUUAAUAUCAGGAACAUUGGAAGAGAAUCCAGCAUCUGCUCCUACUUUCAAGAAGAGGAGAGCCAUUUGUACUUCUCCACGAACCCAGGGUUUGGAGACAACACACACUGCAUCUAACACUUCAGGCCCUGUGGAUUUAUUGGAGACGUCAUCAGAAGGUCAGAGGAGAAGGGGAGGAGGUCAAAGAAGGCAGCAGUCAGUACACAGGACACCCUUAAUGUUUUGCACUGGAGAUAACCUAUCCCAAGAGAAACAACAUGACGGUUCAAGUGACAAUAAUAAUUCCAUCCCAACAGAACGAGCAGCUGGCACUUUGAGUCCAUGCCUGGCAGAGCAGACUCCAGCAGACAACCAAUUUCGUAUGUCAGUCAGUGCCAAAUCCCACAGGGCAAGACAGCAUCAGACUUCUGAGCAGGUCAGAGAGCUUCAUGCUGUUCAGAUGAAUGUGACAGUAUUGCAGACAGGGUCUAUUUCAGGAGAACCUCAUGAUGAAACUGCCUUCAAAGGACAUUCAAACCAAGUGGGGAAUGGAAACACAGCGUCUGAGCUUAAGUGCUCCACCAAAACACAGCAACACGACAGGGCAGACAGGGCAGCACAUUCAAUGACAGGGCAGGACAGCUUAGAAACUCUACCUCCAGGAAACACUGUUGAGGGACUUAAGGAGGAGCAGAGAAUGUCCUUGCCUGUGCGACCAAAUACUGCUGAGGAACAAAGGGCAUCUCGGGGUCAGGGUGGGUCUAGAUCUCCGUUGUGGAUGAAUACUGAUCCUGUCAGGGGCAGUGUAAGACCCAGAGAGAAGAGAAAAGCUGAUGCCUCGAAGGAGGAAGACAAUUACACAAACAGGGUGUUCAAAGCAAUGCCCAGACUUGAAGAACAGAGCUGUGUGAGAGAAGACAGCAUCAGAAGAGAGAUGUUAAAUGAAGACUCAGAAGAGCAGGUCAGUAGAGUUGAGCAUAAGGAUGGGAAAGAUAAGAUGCGGAGUAGAAGAGGAACAAAAAAAGGGGACAGACAGAGGAGACGAUGCAGGUCUCAUUUUGGCAGUGGUUCAAAGGUAGAGGAAACUCGGGGACAGACUGAAGAAGAGACACAGGUCGUGUUGUCGGAUAGCAGAUCGGAGCGCCUCACGCGCAGCUUCUCCUGCCCAGAGAUCACUUCUCUCCUGGACCCUGAAAACACCUCAGACACAUCCCCAAUGCCAGUGCCAGCCUUACAUGACAGAACCCCCCCUUCACUUCCCAAAGUGUCUUCCCUCAUUUCAACUACACCCCAUUCUCACGUCAAAUCUAAACGUGCACGUCGACAUACUGUGUGUAGUCUGGAGGUGGAACGGGAGAUUGCUCCUUUGUGUCUUCGCAAGGAAGUCUACCCUGCCAGCAGGACUGUUGUGUAUGGCAAGCCCCCCUUCUGUCCUUCUUACCUCCACUCUCCCUCCACCUCACUCACAGCUCUGGCCUCCUGCUUCUUGUCAAGCCCCCUUGCAUUCCUCUCCAGAAGAUCAGACCAGAGGAGUAAUCGGGCCAGUGCUGCAGGCGAUCACUGCUGUGGUGUGUUCUCCUCCUCCUUGUCUGGUCUUGUGAACACUACAUCAGUGUCAACCUCACACGCUCCUUUUUCAUCCUCCCCCACAACCUGCCAUCCCAAGAAUGUCUCAACGUCCUCUGUGUCUCUCAUGCCGGACCAGUGCUCUUCCUCUCUGUCACUUCUCAGUGAUCUGUCACAGAGCCCAGUAGAGGAGAGCAGAAGGACACAGCAGCAUGACUGUAAGGACAAAGCUGAAGAAAGCCGUUUGACUCUCCACCCCAGGGCCCUAACAGAUGAGAAAGCAUUGUCAGAUUCUGAAAUCAAGACAGACACCAAACAAAGGGGCAAAGUAUCCUCCAUCCGGAUACGAAAAACCCUGCCCAAGCCACAGAACAACCUCACACCAAUGGGCUUACCCAAAGCAAUCAGAGUAAAGAAGAAGGUUUUCAGCUUGGAGGAGAUCUACACUAACAAGAAUUUCACACAGCCCCCUGAAGGGCGGCUGGAGACCAUUUUUGAGGUGCCUGUAGACAGACGAGAUGGCUCUCAGUCUCUGAUUGGCCCAAAGCGCAUAAAGCGAUUUGUUGUGUUCCCUGAAUUGGGUGUGGCCAGAAAGCCCAAGAGGCCUCUGAUUGGUGGCACAGCCGGGGUCGGAGGCCAGAGAAAAGUGGGGGUGAACUUGGCAGGCGGCAGGACAAGACAGGGUGCUUGGGUCACCUCCAGAGACGAGGUCCCCCUUAUGUCAGUAGACCUCGAUUCGCUGUUAUGUUCCAAACUCGCUAUAUUAGAUUCAUUAGUUGCUUCUGACAAAUAGUCUCUCGCAAAACCUGUCCACAUCAUUUUUUAUAACUCCUUUCCUGCCCACCUCGUUUGUCAGGUAGUUUUUACGCUAAGCCUGUCCAAAUAAGUUCAUUUACUUGUUCAUUAUGCUGUGUUUUUCUCAGUUUUACUGAAUGAAGGCUGUGUCACUGUUUUUGGUCAAACAGUUGAUCAUUGAAUGUGGCACAUCCAUGAAUGUGCAUGUUCAGAAUAUAGUAAAAUACAGAUAUAAACAGAAUGGAUUCCAUGGACAGUCUUUUAUCAUUUCAGCCAUGGUCUCAGUAACGUCUUCCCCAGUAGCGGUGGCGUU